AUGUCUAAAGGAAAAGUCUGUUUAGCUUACUCUGGUGGUUUGGAUACCUCUGUCAUUCUAGCUUGGCUAUUAGAACAAGGCUAUGAAGUCGUCGCUUUCAUGGCUAAUGUCGGUCAAGAAGAAGACUUCAAAGCCGCUGAAGAGAAAGCUUUGAAAAUUGGCGCCACUAAAUUCGUCGUCGUCGAUUGUAAAGAAGAAUUUGUCACCGAUAUUCUAUUCCCAGCUGUUCAAGUCAACGCUGUUUAUGAAGAUGUUUACCUAUUAGGUACCUCUUUAGCAAGACCUGUUAUUGCUAAAGCUCAAAUUGAUGUCGCAGAACAGGAAGGUUGUUUUGCUGUCUCCCAUGGUUGCACAGGUAAAGGUAAUGAUCAAAUUAGAUUUGAGUUGUCCUUCUACGCUUUGAAACCAGAUAUCAAGUGUAUCACUCCGUGGAGAUUGCCAGAAUUCUUCAACAAAUUCGCUGGUAGAAAAGAUUUAUUAGACUACGCUGCCUCAAAAGGUAUUCCCGUUAGUCAAACCAAGGCAAAACCAUGGUCUACCGAUGAAAACGAGGCUCAUAUCUCUUACGAAGCCGGCAUCUUGGAAGACCCAAACAAUACUCCGCCAAAAGACAUGUGGAAAUUAAUUACUGACCCAAUGGACGCUCCAGAUGUCCCACAGGAUUUAUCUAUCGAUUUCGUUAAAGGUUUACCAGUCAAACUAUCAUACAAGGACAACAAAACUGGUCAAGAAAAAUCAGUUACUUCUCCUUUAGAUAUUUUCUUAACUGCAUCUAGUUUGGGUAGAGCUAAUGGUGUGGGCAGAAUUGAUAUUGUUGAAAACAGAUACAUUAACUUGAAAUCAAGAGGUUGUUACGAACAAGCUCCAUUGACUAUCUUAAGAAAAGCUCAUGUCGAUUUAGAAGGUUUAACUCUAGACAAAGAAGUCAGACAAAUCAGAGACCAAUUUGUUACUCCAACUUACUCAAAGUUAUUAUACAACGGUUCUUAUUUCUCUCCAGAAUGCGAAUAUAUUAGAUCAAUGAUCAAACCAUCUCAAGAAACAGUUAACGGCACAGUUAGAUUAAGCUUAUACAAAGGUAAUGUCAUUACUCUAGGUAGAUAUUCCGAAACUGAAAACUUAUAUGAUGCCACUGAAUCCUCUAUGGAUGAAUUAACUGGUUUCUUACCAACUGAUACUACUGGUUUCAUUGAAAUUCAAGCUAUUAGAAUUAAGAAAUAUGGUCAAGCCAAGAAAAACAACAACCAAGAGUUAACUUUAUAA